ACCAAACUAAGCAUCGUAGGUUUAUACGAUUUAGAAAUUACGCCAGUAAUACGACAAAGAACAAUAAUUCAUUAUUAUAUAAGCUACUUCUAGAAGAAUAAAAGCUGUUAUAAAACUGUUGAAAUUUCCACAUUUCAUUGUAUAUCCACACGAAGUCACUCGAUACAUCUCAUCACUUCUGACUAGCUUCAGGACACCUACGCCGGUCGUCUCGAACCAUCCGGUUCUCUCAUGUACACGAUUUGCAACAACGCCAAAAACAAAGAGACGCAGCAGUGGGCCUACGUCUGCGGAACCUGUCACAAGGGCUACUCGUGGAAGAAGUCACUGUUGAGGCAUCUGCGCGAGGCUGAGUGUGGCAUCAACGUCAAGUAUGGCUGCAAGCUCUGCAGCAAACAGUACAAGCGUAAAGACGUGCUGAAUCAACACAUUGCGUCUGUCCAUUCGAAUGCCAAUCGCAAGUCUGGCUUGUGAGAGUUGAAGUUUUUAUGUUAAUUGGAACAAUUCGAAAUCGUUUAAUAUCGACGUUAGAGUAAACAAUAUUUUUGGUUUUUAGUUUGACCAGUUGCAGUAUUAGUAUUCUGUACAUUUUUCAACAUUUACGUAUAAAUAUCAUAAAUAAGUAAAAAAUUAUUUUCUCGAUACCGAGAGCAUUCCAUUUCACAAAUAUUAUCCAAAUUACUUGCGACGAUGAAGUUACCAGCUCGAUACCACAGGUGUAUCAGGUGUAAAUACAAUCAUCAUUAAUAAAUCAUGAUCCACGGUA